AUGCAGAUAUUUAAGAGGAAAAAGGUCGCUGCCAAGCGAAAAACAAUUACCUUGCACCAUUUUGCUCCGACUGAGUCAUCAGUCAAUGGUUCUCCGCCUUGUCUGAAGCUGGAAACUUUCCUUCGUAUGACAAAAAUUCCGUACCAAAACGACUAUCGCUUGAAGUUUUCUACGAAGGGGAAAAUGCCAUGGAUUGAGUUUAAUGGACAAGAAAUCGCUGAUUCCAAUUUCUGUAUCCAGUUCCUGAAACGGGAAUUCAAAGUGGACAUUGAUUCUCAUAUGAACGACACAGAAAAGGCCAUCGCCCACAGUGUUCGAACCAUGCUGGAGGAAAACACUUAUUGGGCUCUUGUUUAUUGCCGUUGGUUGUCUGCAUUUGGAGCAGAAUAUCGAAGGAAGGUGUUCACUAAAAAGUUUGGCCAUCUCGUCUUCCCUCUUAAACAUCUGAUAGCUCACCACAUAACGAAGAAAAUCAAACGGGAUCUGUGGGGACAUGGAAUGGGUCGACACUCGGAACAAGAGUUGUAUGGAAUCGCUGAGAGAGAUUUAUUGGCAGUAUCGGAAAUUUUAGGCAAAAAGAAAUUUCUGUUUGGAGAAAAACCUUGCCUUGCUGAUGUAGCACUGUUUGCCUUCAUUGCUGCAUCUGCCUGGGAUCUUCCAGAAAGUCCGUUUGAUGAACUUAUCAAGACAAAAGCACAGAACCUUCACAGGCAUGCUCAGAGGAUAAGAGAGCUCUAUUACCCGGACUGGAAUGAAAUCAUCUCGAGAAAUACAAAUUCUGUUUGAAAUUUCUGCGCGACGACACCUAAAUAUUUAUUUAUUCACAUAACGGCCACUUAAAUAUUUUCUUUAUUCGCAUAAUGGCCGCAAAAAAAGCACUUAAUCUCAAGGAAAAGACUCAAAGUGCAUAAGGAGUGAUAGAGAACAGAAAAACAAAUGAUAUCAUGCCGAAUGAACAAACAAAUACAGUCGAACCUGUAUAAAGCGGUCGGUCGUCAAAGUCCCGAAUUUUUCCCCUUAAUCACUGUAAUCUUCACCUCUGCCAGACUGUCACCCUUUACUAAGUCCCAUUGGUCUGUUUUCGUUAUACUCCGUACUCCACCUGUUUUGAACGAGAGCGGAACCCACUUUACUAAAACUAUAAACCGGGUGAAUGCGGUAUACUUCGCUAAGUAAUAUUCUCCACAUUGUGUUUGAUUUAUUUUUACGUCGUCAAGGUCUUUGUUAUUCAUAUAGAAAUUAUUUAUUAUUCCCUUCACUCCCGAAUAAAGAAAAAAAGA